GAUCAGUUAGGCGAAUUUGAUAAAAAGUACCAUGUACUAUUUGCAUUGGAACUCUACAUUUCGGCGGAAUAUCAAUUACUUGAAAGCGGCCCCUCAAGUUCCUUCUCCGCUUCCCCAUCUACCUCAAAAAACAAAAAAGAAACCGAUGAGGAAAGGGAACUGCGUCAAGAAGCAAGGCAAUUACUGCGUGGUGGAGCGGUAUGAUUAAAUAAAAUUGUUACUGUAUUUUGAUUUUUUUAAAGGAUGAAGCAGAUAAGGGCCGAUUGGAGGUUUAAAAAAUCUUUUUGAUUUUAACUCGAUUAAAAUUAAUUUUUUUGAAGAAAAGGCUUGAGUCAUUUCAUGAAUGGUUGGUAUUUCUAAAUAA